AUGUCAAUAUUACAAUUUAAAGAGUUUAGUAGUUUUAUAAAUAUAUCAUUCUGGAAUGAACUAGCACAAAAGAAGUUGAAUAUAUUCAAGUUGAGUGAUGCACCAGUCAACAUAUCUGCAUUCUACACUUACUCUUCGUCUGCUCAACUAGACCCAUUCCUUUCAAUAGAGUACAACUCUUUUCUACCUCUAACAAGCUCCAACGAAGGUGACUCUUUGUACAAGUUACCACCAAAAUCAUAUCUUUCAAAUGGUAUCAUUUACAAUUACAACACCAAAGAAGAUUUUAAACAAGCUCCAAAACAAAAAAUCUUUGAAGAUGUUUCUUUAAAUAUUUGGAAUGAUAUUAAAAAUGGAAAUGUUGAAAGAGAUUCAUCAUUGUUAUCAAGAUUCUUGAUACUUACAUUUGCAGAUAUUAAGAACCAUCAAUUCUACUAUUUGGUUGGUGUACCUGCUUUAUCGUUCGAGUCACCAAUUACACUUCGAUCACCUGUACAACCAAUCAAUGAAUACUUUACAUCAAACCAAGUGGCUUCGUUAAAAGGUCAACUUGUUGGUUCUCAACAACAAUUCUUUUUGAUUCGUAAAGAGGGACAAGAUAGUGUAGAGGUUGCAUCACUUGACAAAUGGUCAUCGUUUGUUGACGAGGCCAAGAAUGGUACUCUUAUCGUUGGAUUUAGUGAUCCCUGUUCGUUACCAUCUAACCCAGGUUGGCCACUCCGUAACUUUUUGUAUUAUAUUGGGUUCAAACAAAUCAAGGAUGUUGAUGUUGUCUGUAUAAGAGAUGUCAAGGGACAAUCUAUCGAUACUUCCAUUGUAUUGCAAUUGGCUUUACCUGAAACACCAACAGAAUGGAGUAAAAAGAGUGUUGGUUGGGAAAAAGAUCCAAAUGGUAAAAUAUUACCAAGAUUGAUUUCUUUAGCUUCAACUAUGGAUCCUUUAAAGUUGGCAACUCAAUCUGUAGAUUUGAAUUUAAAGUUGAUGAGAUGGCGUAUCAUGCCAUCACUUGAUUUGGAAUUAAUUCAAAAUACCAAAUGUUUAUUAUUGGGCUCUGGUACUUUAGGUUGUAAUGUUGCAAGAUGUUUAUUGUCAUGGGGAGUUAGAAAUAUAACAUUUGUAGAUAGUGGAAAGGUAUCUUAUAGUAAUCCAGUUCGUCAAUCUUUAUUUAAUUUUGAAGAUUGUACAGGUGCAAAGGGUAAAGAUAAAGCACCAGCCGCCGCAGAGAAUUUAAAGAAAGUAUUCCCAGCCGUUAAUGCAAAUAGUGAAAUAUUAUCAAUUCCAAUGCCAGGUCAUAGUGUUGCAGAAGGAUUAAAAGAUGAAGUGAAAGCAGUUUAUGAUAAAUUGGUUGAUUUGAUUCAACAACAUGAUGUUAUCUUUUUGUUGACUGAUUCGAGAGAGAGCAGAUGGUUACCAACGGUUCUUGGUAGAUUACACAACAAAUUGGUGAUCAACUCUGCACUUGGCUUUGACACCUUUUUAGUUGGCAGACAUGGAUCUCGUGUACCAAAUGCCAAUGAAAAGGAAGGGUCUGAAGGUGUCGACUUGGGAUGCUAUUUCUGUAACGAUGUCAUUGCACCAACCGACACACUCAAGGACAGAACACUCGAUCAACAAUGCACCGUCACUAGACCCGGUCUGUCAUUUGUUGCCUCUUCAAUGGCCGUCGAGUUGAUGGUGUCUGUUUUACAUCACCCACUUCAAGGCCGUGCACCAGCCGAAACCGACCAAGACAUUCAUAGCGGUUCGUCCACCCCUCUGGGUAUCCUCCCACACCAAUUGCGUGGGUUCCUUAGUCACUUUUCAGCUCUACCAGUGUACAGCACCGCUUACAAGAACUGCACUGCCUGUUCCAAUGGCGUUGUCGACGAAUUGGAGAAACGUGGCUUUGAUUUUGUUCACGAGGUUCUCAAUGACUCAUCAUGUCUCACCAAAUAUGCUGGCAUUGAUCAAUAUGAAGAUGCUGGAGUUACCAUUGAAUGGGAUGAGGAUUUCAGUGGUGAUGACGAGGAUCUCUAG